AUGCAAUACAAAAAUACUUUCGCUGCCGCCGCUAUUUUAGCUUCCACUUCUCUUGCCGCUUAUGUUCCCUCCGAGCCAUGGUCAACUUUAACCCCCAAUGCUACUUAUAGUGGUGCAAUGACCGAUUAUUCUGGUUCUUUUGGUAUUGCUGUUGUUCCAUUAGCUACUACAACACCAUCAUCCUCCAAGUCCAGUCCAGCUGCUACUACAACCCCUGCCACUGUUAAAGCUGCUAAAAGAGAUGCUGUUUCUCAAAUUGGUGAUGGUCAAAUUCAAGCUGCAACUACCACUACAACUAAACUUUUACCACCCAAGCCAACAGUCGUUACAACAGUUUCUACUUCUAAGACUACCAGUACUUCAGUAGUUGUAAAAACUACAGUUGAUGCUAUUUCUCAGAUUUGGGAUGGCCAAAUUCAAGCUACAACUAAGACUAGCAUCCCUCCACCAGUAACAACUCUAAAGAAAACUGCUGCUGCUGUCUCACAAAUUUGGGAUGGUCAAGUUCAAGCCACAACUAAGACCCAAGCACCAGCUCCAACUACUUCCCCAACUCCAACUCCAACUCCAAAGCAAACCGCUGCUGCUGUUUCACAAAUUUGGGAUGGGCAAGUUCAAGCUACUACCAAUACUAAAAAAGUGACAACACUAGAUGGUAAGUCGACUUCCACCUCCUCGACUUCUACAUCCUCAACCUCUACAUCUAUCACAACUCAAGUUCCAACUACUACUGUCCCAACGUUUACUUCAUCUUCAUCUUCAUCUGCUACACAAACAUCUUCUAGCUCUUCUGCUGCAUCAUCUGAAGAUUCUUUCUUCUCUUCUCAAGCCUGUAAGAACAAUGGUACUCUAACAAUGACAUUAAAGAAGGGUAUUCUUAAUGAUGCCAAGGGAAGAGUCGGUUCCAUUGUUGCUAAUAGACAAUUCCAAUUUGAUGGUCCACCACCACAAGCUGGUGCUAUCUAUGCUGCUGGCUGGUCUAUUACCCCACAAGGUAACUUAGCUAUUGGUGCUAAUGAUAUAUUUUAUCAAUGUCUAUCGGGUGACUUCUAUAAUUUAUACGACGAAUAUCAAGGUGCUCAAUGUCAAAAAGUUUACUUACAAGCUGUUGAAUUAGUAGAUUGUUAA